CACUUGCCACACUAAAAAACAACAGUAGAACUAAACAAGUCAAAAUAGUUGAAAAGGAUCCUUCCUCUUUCCAAGCGAGGAAGCUAACUACGAAACCUCUCACUUGCCACUUUUAUAUAACCCUCCAAUCUCAAAAACCAAAACCCACAAUCAAAACAACAAUCAAAUAGAAAAAGACUCUCCAACAUCAUCUAUGGAUUCUUCUUCACAUCAACAACAGCAAAAAGAACAAGACCAAUCAACUUUAGAUCUCAUAACCCAACACCUUCUUACUGAUUUCUAUUCCUUCGAAACCUUUGUCUCAAACAUCCAUCACAGCACCACCUCCACUCUUAGCCAACGCAAGCCACCUCUUGCCACCAUUGCAGUUCCUACUAUUGCACCAGUGGCUCAGGAGGAUGAUCAAAGGCAUUACAGAGGUGUGAGGCGAAGACCGUGGGGUAAGUAUGCAGCUGAGAUCAGAGACCCUAAAAAGAAAGGUGUUCGUGUCUGGUUAGGGACUUUUGACACAGCCAUGGAAGCUGCAAGAAGUUACGACAAGGCUGCUUUCAAACUACGAGGAAGCAAAGCUAUUCUUAACUUCCCACUCGAAGCAGGAAAGCACGCAGACUUAGGAGACAACAACAACAACAACAACAACAAGACUCUGUCUUUAAAAGAAAAGAGGAAGAGACAAGUACCCGAAGAUGAAAGCUACCUGAGGAGCCAUAAAACUGUUAAGAGAGAAGAAGCUCAGGCUCAGGUUGAUGCUUGUCCAUUGACGCCGUCUAGUUGGAUGGGGUUUUGGGACGGAGCAGACAGUAAAGAUAUGGGAAUAUUCUCCGUGCCUCCAUUACCUCCUUCUCCAUCUCUUGGAUACUCUCAACUCGUGCUUACUUAAGCUUUUGGAUCAAACUGGUACAUUAGGUGACAUCCGCAACUUUGGAUUACUUUCACACAAGCAAACAUCAAAACGAUGACAAUAAACUGAGCUUGUAAAUCUUAAGGGUUGUAAUCAUUAGUUGACUGUAAUACUUUUACCAUAUUCAUUCAUUCACCUUAAAUCCAGUUCUUUCUACUA